CUCCCAGACCUUCAUCGCCGUUUGUGGCUUCUCAGUGAUAGAGAGAUGACUUCGGAUGGGACGACGUCGAGGCCGGCUCCAAGGAGGAAACCGUCGUGGAGGGAGAGAGAGAACAACCGGAGGAGAGAGAGGAGGAGGAGAGCAAUUGCUGCCAAGAUUUAUACUGGCCUUAGAUCACAAGGCAACUACAAUUUGCCCAAGCACUGUGAUAACAAUGAGGUGCUCAAAGCUCUUUGUGCCGAGGCUGGUUGGGUCGUUGAAGAAGAUGGCACCACUUAUCGCAAGGGAUGUAAGCCGCCUCCAAUAGAUAUACCUGGAAGUUCAAAUAAGGUUACCCCAUUUUCUUCCCAAAAUCCUAGUCCAUUAUCCUCUGCAUUUCCUAGUCCAAUUCCUUCAUGUCAAGUCAGUCCUUCCUCCUCUUCCUACCCUAGUCCCACUAGGUUCGAUGCUAAUAACCCGUCGAGUAUCCUUCCAUUCCUUCGAAACGCCAUUCCGUCAUCUUUGCCUCCUCUCAGAAUCUCAAGCAGUGCACCUGUGACACCACCUCUUUCCUCUCCAACCUCAGGAGAUCCUAAGCCAAUUCCCAACUGGGAGGCCAUUGCAAAGGAAUCCAUGGCCUCUUUUAACUACCCGUUUUACGCUGUUUCUGCCCCGGCUAGUCCAACCCACCGACAUUUUCAUGCCCCAGCUACUAUACCUGAAUGUGAUGAAUCCGAUUCGUCCACGGUUGAAUCUGGUCAAUGGAUAAGCUUUCAAAAGUUUGCAACUUCUACAUCUCAAGUGCCAACUUCUCCAACAUUUAAUCUUGUAAAGUCUUUGCCCCCACAAAAUUUGCCCAAUGAUAUUGUCAUGGUAGAUAAAGGUAGAGGUGUCGAGUUUCAGUUUGAGAGUGGACAGGUGAAGCCAUGGGAAGGAGAAAGGAUUCACGAAGUAGGAAUGGAUGAUCUGGAGCUCACGCUCGGAAGCGGGAAGUCUCGGUGUUAAACCAAAGAAGAAAAAGCUGUUUUGGGCCUUUCCUGGUUCACACAGUCAGAUAUUGAGGAGAAUUUUCAGCUCUGUUCUUUCAUAUGCUCAAUGAGAACUGGACAUCUCAAACCAAAGAUGGGGAGGAGUACUCACAUUUUCAUCUGCAAUUGUUAUUUUAUAUGUUUUUUUUUUCAGUUAGUUGAAGCUGAAAUUCCCUGGUUGAAUUGUCAUUACUGGUAGAUACCAAGGGAAAUUUCUGGUUGUGAUAGAGUUGUUUAACUUGUAGGCUUUUGGAUAAAAACCUCACAUAUUUAAGUUUUUUUUA